AAAAGCAUGUUGGAUUCCUCCGGUCUACACCUACAAAGGCAGUGUGCCCUUUCCCAUAUCUCCGCCAUUCUCCGCCGCUAUGACCGGUUCCUCCGUUUCUUCUCGCAAGGUUCUAAGCAAAAUUGCUACCAACAGACUUCAAAAGGAGCUGACGGAGUGGCAGAUCAAUCCUCCCUCUGGAUUUACACACAAAGUCACCGACAAUCUUCAACGGUGGGUGAUUGAAGUGUACGGAGCUCAAGGAACUAUCUAUGCUAAUGAAAAAUACCAACUCCAAGUUGAUUUUCCCGAGAAUUAUCCCAUGGAAGCACCUCAGGUGAUAUUUUUGCAUCCUGCUCCUCUUCAUCCUCACAUCUACAGCAAUGGCCAUAUUUGUUUAGAUAUUCUAUAUGAUUCAUGGUCACCAGCCAUGACUGUUGGUUCUAUCUGCAUCAGCAUUCUCUCCAUGCUAUCAAGUUCACCAGCCAAGGAACGCCCUGAAGAUAAUGAUCGCUAUGUGAAGAACUGUAGAAAUGGUAGAUCUCCUAAAGAGACUAGAUGGUGGUUCCAUGAUGAUAAAGUUUAAAAAAAGAAAAUGAAAUUGCUUUUUAUUUAAGCAUUAAAAAAAUGGAGAACAAACAAUGUGCAACUCGCAAGUCUCAUAUUUGUAUAAAAAAGAGCAAAUUUUCUUGUUUGUUUGCUCAAAAAAUUGUAAGGAUUUGAAUGAAUUAUGUUUCUUAAACGGUUUAUAUAUCUAACUCUUCAAUACAACAAACCAAGUAUCUUAUCAA